GAGGAUUCCCCUCCUAGUGAGAGAAGGGGUUGUUCCAGUCUUGAGUGCGUCAGUAUCCGGAUGUGGAGCCGCUCUCGCCCGGCGGGGACUCUGUGGCGGGGCGGAGCGCGGCGGCGUGCGCGGGGGCACAGAGAAGGGGGCCCGUGGGCCCGGGCGUUCGCCGGACGCUGGGAGGUACCACCGCUGCCCACGGGGGAGGAGACGGCGCCGGCACUCGGGCGCCCACCCCGGAUCGAGGGGCUGGGGGAGAAAAAAGGCCGACAGUUAAGCUUGCUCCCCGCUGCCCUCGCCGUCCCCCCCGGGCUAGCCUCCCCCGGCCCCCUGCGCUCCCCGCGCUCCCGGCCGGGGGAGAGCGUGGUUUCCUGGCGGCCGUCGCUGUAGCCCGGCCGGGGAGCCCGGAGGAAGCGGGGGAGUCCCCGCCCACGGCCCCCUCCCCUCUGCCCGCCCGCCGCCGCCGCCUCUGAGCCGCUGCGGUCCGGCCUCCAGUCCGAGCGGGGGGCGCGGCGGCGGCGGCGACGGCUGGAGAGCGGCUGUGGGCUUGUCGGGGACCGCGCCGCCGCCCCCGUGAGUUAUUCCCACGUCCCCCGGGGCUCGCUGCCGCUUCCGCCGGCGCCGAGAGUCCGGCCCGGGCCCAACUCCCUCACGGGCCCACCGGCGGCGGCGGCGGCGGCGGCGGCGGGAGAGCCCACCGCCCGGGCCCCGAUGAGUAACUCCCGGAAUAACCGGGUGAUGGUGGAAGGGGUCGGGGCCCGGGUGGUGCGCGGCCCGGACUGGAAGUGGGGGAAGCAGGACGGCGGCGAGGGCCAUGUGGGCACGGUCCGGAGCUUCGAGAGCCCCGAGGAGGUGGUGGUGGUGUGGGACAACGGCACCGCCGCCAACUACCGCUGCUCUGGGGCCUACGACCUGCGCAUCCUGGAUAGCGCGCCCACGGGCAUCAAGCAUGAUGGAACCAUGUGUGAUACCUGCCGCCAGCAACCAAUCAUUGGCAUUCGAUGGAAAUGUGCAGAAUGUACAAAUUAUGAUUUGUGCACUGUUUGUUAUCAUGGAGAUAAACAUCAUUUAAGACAUCGCUUUUAUAGAAUUACUACUCCAGGAAGUGAGCGGGUUCUGUUAGAGUCUCGUAGAAAAUCUAAGAAGAUUACAGCCAGAGGGAUCUUUGCAGGUGCCAGAGUGGUACGAGGAGUGGACUGGCAGUGGGAAGAUCAGGAUGGAGGAAAUGGACGUAGGGGAAAGGUAACGGAAAUCCAGGACUGGAGCGCAUCAAGCCCACAUAGUGCAGCAUAUGUUCUCUGGGAUAAUGGUGCUAAGAACCUUUACAGAGUUGGCUUUGAGGGCAUGUCUGAUCUCAAGUGUGUCCAGGAUGCCAAAGGAGGUUCUUUCUACAGAGAUCACUGCCCUGUGCUAGGUGAGCAGAAUGGCAACAGGAAUCCUGGUGGAUUGCAGAUUGGUGACCUGGUGAAUAUAGAUCUUGACCUAGAAAUUGUACAGUCUUUGCAGCACGGUCAUGGAGGAUGGACUGAUGGCAUGUUUGAGACUUUAACUACAACUGGAACUGUUUGUGGCAUUGAUGAAGAUCAUGACAUUGUAGUACAGUAUCCAAGUGGCAAUAGGUGGACCUUCAAUCCUGCCGUUCUCACUAAAGCAAACAUUGUCCGAAGUGGGGAUGCUGCUCAAGGUGCAGAAGGAGGUACCUCACAGUUUCAAGUGGGUGAUCUUGUACAAGUUUGUUAUGAUCUGGAAAGAAUCAAACUUCUACAGAGAGGACAUGGAGAAUGGGCUGAAGCUAUGCUCCCAACUUUAGGUAAAGUUGGCCGAGUACAGCAGAUUUAUUCAGACAGUGAUUUAAAGGUGGAAGUUUGUGGAACAUCUUGGACAUACAAUCCAGCAGCAGUUUCCAAGGUGGCAUCUGCUGGAUCAGCCAUUAGCAAUGCAUCUGGUGAAAGACUCUCCCAACUCUUGAAGAAAUUAUUUGAAACCCAAGAAUCUGGUGACCUCAAUGAAGAAUUAGUUAAGGCUGCUGCCAAUGGAGAUGUUGCUAAAGUGGAAGAUUUGCUAAAAAGACCAGAUGUGGAUGUAAAUGGACAAUGUGCUGGUCACACAGCUAUGCAAGCUGCUAGUCAGAAUGGACAUGUUGACAUUUUGAAGUUACUUUUGAAGCAAAAUGUGGAUGUAGAAGCAGAGGAUAAAGAUGGAGAUCGAGCUGUUCACCACGCAGCUUUUGGAGAUGAAGGUGCUGUUAUAGAAGUACUGCACCGGGGCAGUGCUGAUUUGAAUGCUCGCAACAAGCGCCGACAGACACCACUUCAUAUUGCUGUUAAUAAGGGCCAUCUUCAGGUUGUGAAGACUUUAUUGGACUUCGGCUGUCAUCCUAGUCUCCAGGAUUCUGAAGGUGAUACCCCUCUUCAUGAUGCAAUAAGUAAGAAACGUGAUGACAUCCUGGCAGUUCUUCUAGAAGCUGGAGCAGAUGUUACCAUUACAAACAAUAAUGGAUUUAAUGCUCUGCACCAUGCAGCACUAAGAGGAAAUCCCAGUGCAAUGCGUGUUUUACUGUCUAAAUUACCAAGACCAUGGAUUGUGGAUGAGAAGAAAGAUGAUGGUUAUACUGCCUUGCAUCUGGCUGCCCUUAACAAUCAUGUAGAAGUGGCUGAACUGUUGGUACAUCAGGGUAAUGCGAACCUCGAUAUCCAGAAUGUGAACCAGCAAACUGCCCUUCACCUUGCUGUUGAACGACAGCACACCCAGAUUGUGAGGCUUUUGGUCCGUGCAGGUGCCAAAUUAGAUAUUCAGGAUAAAGAUGGGGAUACUCCUUUGCACGAAGCUCUGAGGCACCAUACCUUGUCUCAGCUACGUCAACUCCAAGAUAUGCAGGAUGUGGGGAAGGUUGAUGCUGCAUGGGAGCCAUCCAAAAACACAUUAAUAAUGGGACUUGGUACCCAGGGGGCAGAGAAGAAGAGUGCAGCAUCUAUUGCCUGUUUUUUGGCUGCCAAUGGUGCUGACCUUAGCAUUCGAAAUAAGAAAGGUCAAUCGCCGCUUGAUCUCUGUCCUGAUCCAAGCCUCUGCAAAGCACUGGCAAAGUGUCAUAAGGAAAAAGUCAGUGGUCAAGUGGGUUCUCGAAGUCCUUCCAUGAUUAGUAAUGAUUCUGAAACCUUAGAAGAGUGCAUGGUGUGCUCAGAUAUGAAGAGAGAUACUCUUUUUGGCCCAUGUGGACAUAUUGCUACCUGUUCUUUGUGUUCUCCACGAGUCAAGAAAUGCCUCAUCUGUAAAGAACAAGUUCAGUCAAGGACAAAGAUUGAAGAAUGUGUGGUAUGCUCUGACAAGAAAGCAGCUGUUCUUUUUCAACCUUGUGGACACAUGUGUGCUUGUGAGAACUGUGCUAGCCUGAUGAAGAAGUGUGUGCAGUGCCGGGCAGUAGUUGAACGAAGAGUGCCUUUCAUUAUGUGUUGUGGAGGGAAAAGUUCAGAAGAUGCCACUGAUGACAUCUCAAGUGGAAAUAUUCCUGUGUUACAAAAGGACAAGGAUAAUACCAAUGUCAAUGCAGAUGUGCAAAAGUUGCAACAGCAGUUACAGGACAUUAAGGAGCAGACCAUGUGCCCUGUAUGUUUGGAUCGUUUGAAGAAUAUGAUUUUCCUCUGUGGCCAUGGAACGUGUCAGCUCUGUGGAGACCGAAUGAGUGAAUGUCCUAUUUGUCGCAAGGCUAUUGAGCGAAGGAUUCUUUUGUAUUAAUUAAGAAACUCAGUGUGUUUUGUUAGCUAAAGUGUUUGGUCAUGAGCUCUUAGUGAAGCUGUUAAGCUAGUUGGAUGUUCUAAUGAACUAAUUUUUAAUAUCAUAGUUUCUUUCCUAGAGUGUAAUUAGACUGUAAAUGUAUCAGAACAAAAAAAAAAACCUCUAUAAGACAGUGUUUGAAGUUGUGGUUUUUGUUUUUGUUUCUUUUAAUUUGAAACAUCAAAUCCAUAUAAUUCAUAGGUAAUUUACUUGUCACUUCUAAGGGGAAAGUCCUUUAAGAAUGUCCUGUUAUUUUUGUUUUUAUUGCAUUUUUCUUAUAGUUUGUAAAUUUGUUAGACCUCAAGAAAUGUAGAUCCUUAUGAUCAGCUGUCCUUCAGUUUAUUGUGAUUUUACACAGUUGACACAGGUACUCAGAAAAGUCAUGCAUCAAGUGAACAGGGCAAGUCAAACCAUUAUGCCGCAUAUAUUAAAUGACAAAAUUAUAAUAUGAGUUUUACAUAGUUAAUAUUGAAGAUAAGAUUAUCUGAAGAGAGGAUUAUCUUUUUAAGAUAAAAAGUUAUGCAAAUGAUUGUUUCUGAAUUCUUAGAGUAAAUGGAAGCAUGGAAUGAGAGAGUAGUGACUUUGCAUUUAGCUUAAUUUAUAGACUUAAAAAGAAAAUUGUUAAACUUGAAUCAAAUUGCCGGUUUCAGAAUGAUUGACAUGAAAAGGAAGAAUAAGCAGUCACAUUGGGGAACUGAGGUGGGGGAAAGUGGCCAAUGAAAGAGUACCUUUUAACUGACCAUUAACAGUUGCCUUUCCUGUAUUAAUUUAUACACUGUUCUGUUUAGCCAGCCUUUAAAAAAAAAAAGUGUAUGAAAAGUGUACCUCAGUUUUCCCUGUGGUCACUUAUCCAGGCUUGACCUGACCAGUGAAAUGAUACUGCCCUAUUUGGGCUCUGAGGUUGCAUGUUGCUUUUCUCAUGUACUGAGUAGUACCCCAGUGAUCUGAGAAGGGUAGUGCAUUGUCUCAAGGCAACAAUCUUUUUUUUGUUCCUGUUGAUUCUGACAGUGUUACUGGUUCUACCUACAUCGUAAGCCCUCCUUCCAUUUUCUUUCAGUUGCUAAGACUUGUUAUAAAGAAAACACUCUCUAUCUACAAAUGAGGAUAUUAUUUAAAUUGCCAACAGUAUCCAAGACAUAGUAAGUAACCUAAUAAUAAAUACUUUAGAAAGAGUGACCAGGACAUUUACAGAAAUAUGCCUGAUUAUCUGCAGUUUUUCCUUUAACUCAAACUUUUGAUUCUAGAGCAUCUAAUCAUUUUCUGCCCUUUGAAUGAGUAGUGUUACUCUGUCUAGGAUGAAUAUACAUAUAAAUAAGUGUUUUGAGGUCAUUGCUGCUAGAUUAUAAAAAUAUCACCUGUUUACAAUGGUGUCUACUAUAUACUGUGUAUAAGCUUACUCCUAAGGAUAGUUAUCUUGUAGCUUUUUUUCUUUUUUUCUUUUGAUUCUGGUUAUUCCUUCCUUCCUUCCUUCUUGCCUGCCUGCCUGCCUUCCCUCCCUCCUUUCUUCUCUUUCUUUCUUUUUCUUUCUUUCUUCCUUUCUGUUUCUUUCAUUUCGGCAACUAAAUUUAAGAAUAUUCCUGGCAAUUUAAUGGCUGCUGCUUUUGCAAGUCCUGGUGAAAACAGUGGUGAGCUUUCCUGGCUGAUUUUGUAGUCUUGGUGAUUCCGUAUCUGUGUUUAGCUAAGUAAUUUAGCAUUUAGAAUAGUAAAAUUUUUAUAAGUUUUGAAUUUGAAAAUUUGUAUGGAUUCAGUUAUCUAAUAAAGGGCCACUGAGGCUAUUUUUUUAAGCCAUAUUUCAAAGUUAUAAAAAGAGCAUAUGACAUGAUGUCACAUAAAGAAACAGACUUAUUUUCUUUCAGAUUUGAAAAUAGCAGCAGUCGGGAUUUUUUUCCUUCCAUGCCAUAGGCUGCCCAUCUCUUUUCCACUAGGUCAGCUGGAGAGGAGGGAACACCUGGCUGACUCAUGCACAGUUUGGCCAGCCAGUGAAUUCUGUCUAGAGCUCUACUUACGUCUUUUUUGUCUUUUGAGCUUGCUGUGCUUAAACUUACAUCCCUAAAGGGCAAUUUCAUUUUCCAGACUAGUUUAUUUCUUCUAAAUUAAAAAUACAAUAACAUAAACUAUUACAAAAGUCAUAUAAGGUCACUGUGAUUAUAGUGUUGUGUAUUUGUGCAUUUUCUAUAUUUAUACCACUCUGAAAUUUGUUUAAUGAAUAGAAAAUGUUUCUCUCUUCAUGUUUUUCAAGCACCUGAAAAAUUAUUUUAAAUUUGUUUCGUGCUUGUGAGCAAGAAUAAGGUUAAGAACAGAGUUGUUUAAGUGACUGUCUUCUAACUCUGAAAUUGCUACCUCUUAUGUGUCUCUCAGCAGUACUUUCCCAAUUAGGUAUGUUUCCUUCUCAUCAGCUCGUCAUCUUGUGCCUCAGAAAAGCUUUUACUUUUCCUAGAAUCAUUUAAAAAAACACAGCAGACAUUCAUUCAAAAAUGUAUUUAUUGGGCCUCAGGGGCUAGAUAUACAACAUUGAAAAAUGGUCAGCAUUUAGCACACACUGAGUCUAUCAUGCAGCAGUUGUACAUUUGAAGAACUCGGUAGUCAAGAAGGGAUCCAAAGGUACUGAUAACAUUUCUUCCUAAUGUUUCAAAAGAGUUGUCUUAAAGUAACAUUUGGAUUCCCUCUCUGUAUCCCCUUACUCCUACCACAUUUUCGCCUUUACUCUAAGAUUGUCAGCCUUGUUGCCCAAAACACACACACAACUUACCAGAUGGUGCUAUUCUAGUCAUUUUUGUUCACAUAAUUUAACAUUCUUACUGCUUAUAUUACUAAUGUAUUGAAUUUUUCUGGGAGCAAGAAGGCUUUUCAAGUGAAGAUCACUUUGUAUUAGUGUAGGGUAUGAUAUUAGACAGUGUUUAGCUGACCAAAUCAUGUUUGGACAAAGUGUUUGUAAUUUUAAACAUUGCAAAUUGACCAGCUAUAACAUUAAUUGAUAAUAUUGAAAAUAGCAUUCUUAAAUUUGUAUCUUUGAUGGCUUUAGCCUGUAGGAACUAAAUUUUAGCAUGUUGAAAUGCAUGCUGCUUAGGACUAGUCCAACUCAAAUGUAUAAACUUGCUGGGUCAUUUUUACAUAGUAGAAAUACACAAUCUUGUUAUGUGUUGCCCAGUUGCUGUCCUUUGUUUAUUAUGAAUUUUGGACCCUUAGUGAUCGGGUAGGAUAGGAAGACAGUAAGGAGUUGCAAGCAAGCAAGCAAGCAAGAAAAGUCAGUAUCUGAGUUUAGAGAAAAAAAGGGGUUUAAGAAAGUCAUGUAGGGGCGCCUGGGUGGCGCAGUCGGUUAAGCGUCCGACUUCAGCCAGGUCACGA